AUGGAUGGCUACCCUUUGGGAAGCCUCGAUCAUAAUGUGCCGCUGAUUGUGGUGUCGGGGUUGAGGUCCGAUCCGCCAGAGCAGCCUCCCAAGGCCAAGGGCCAGGUGCUUCUUCGGUCUGAUCUGCCGCCUCUCGAUGGAAACGAAGCGACCUUCUUGGAAUCGUACUUUGAGGAAGUGGACGAGCGCGGGAAGUCAUGGACGGCGGUUACGAGGGAAGAGCACUACAGGGUUCGCGUCAAGACCGUCGGUAGGUCUCUUGUACUUCCAUCCCGACGAGCAACGCUGCCUGAGACCAUCGAACCGUUGACAACCCCCCCGAUUCUACACUCGCCCUUCUCGCCGCUUAGUCCUUCGUCGGCUCUGUACCCUGAUGGAUUGAUGAAUGCGCAGUGGAUCAAGAAGCACCAGGAAGAGAUACCCAGCAUAUUCGUGUGCUUCUAUACUUUGAUUAGCGAUCCAAAGAUUGCCGUGCAACAAGACAAUCGGUUAAAGUCUGCUCUUAAUGGUAUGAGGGCGACUUUGGUGGAAUCGGGAUACAAGACACGCCUGGUCGUUAUCAUCCUCGGCGAUGAGCUGGCCAGGACCAAUUUGACUGCUGAAAUUAUACAAGACCGACUGGAGGGUGUUCGAAGGGGAACAGGUCUGGACCCUAAAUCGAUUUUCUAUAUCCCUCCACAGGAAUCGACGUCGGAAUUGAGGAGGGUGAUGGAUAGUAUUCUCGCUCUACUGUAUAACACGGCCAUCGAGUAUUAUCGAGAUCUUGGGAGACAUGCUAGGAAGAAGAGAUCCCGAGGAAUUGUCCCCCAGCCGACGUUACCGCCUACUUCUGGAACAUCGCAAACAUUGUCGCUGCCGGAUUGGAAUUUCCGCUAUGAUUUCAAGUCUGCUAUUUUUGCCGAGUUUCGCCAAGAGAUUGACGCGGCGAUUCGAUCUUUUGAGCAAGCGUAUGAGAUCUUGCUUGGCCAAGACGUGCUUGAUAUCAUCCCUAGCUGGAGCCCUCGCUGGAAUGAGGCGCGGCUUCUGGCAGACAUCAUAUCUAUUCGCUGUUUGCGGCUGCAUCUGUGGAUGGGACAAACGAGCCUGGCAGUUAGGAGAUGGCAGACUCACCGCGACCGCAUCAGCGACUUUGUUGACCGCCGAGGAAGAGGGACCAACAAUUAUGGCUGGCAAGCCUGGGAAGCCCGGUGGGCAAUGGUGAUGGCCAACAUGAUUGAGCUGGUCGAAGUUCCAGGCUUCGGGCCUUCAACCAUGACCAUCUUCCUUCAGCCGGAGAAAGCUCUUUUUGGAGAGCGACUGCAGCCCUGGGAACUAUUGCAUCACACAGGCUACUGGUAUCGGAUAGCUGCGCGCCACCUUGGAGCUCGAAGAUCAUUGGCCCAUAGGAUACCUGACGAUGAUAGAGGAGCACCGGACGCUUCGCCCGCGUCGAGGGUGGCGAGCAAGGCCAUCCGCUACGAUACAUACAUGUGUCCCCCACCUCACGAAGAGUACCCGUUGAGCGGAAAUGGAGUCAAUCACGCACAGCUAAUGAUAGACUGUCUUCUCAACGCAAGGGGGCAGUUUCAAGCGCGGAAGCAGCACCGAAUUGCGGCAGAGAUAUCUCUAGAGUGCGCAAGAGAGAUGGCGACACUGGGGAGCUGGAACGAAGUGUUGGCGAUGCUUAGACCACUGUGGGAAGAUAAAUCCUUUCGCUCGGAGUGGUGGUUAGACAUCUCUGAAGAUAUCCUAUGGGUAAUGAGGCGGGCGGCGGCGGAGACUGGGCGGGCAGACAUUGUGGUCGCAAUUGACUGGGAACUAAUGAAUGAACGGUUUACUCGAAGACAAAACUGGCACUAUGACCUUGCCAAGUCAUUAGAUGGCGUAUCAUUGACAUCCAAGCCAUUCAUUACCAUCUCCGAUGACUUGGCUUCAUCAUUUAUCUCGGCAUCUUUUGCUUUCCGUACUAAGGAGGGCCGGGCUGGUGAGACAUGCUUGGCUCAGCUGUCACUGAAGUCUGAGGCGCUUCAAGUAGCUGCGCCAGUUACUUUGUCUUCGAUCCGGGUCGAGUUCGAGGGACACCUGAAACCGAUCACGCUUGUACACGACUCUGACUUGCCGACAAAUUCUUCUAAAGAGCCUGUCUCUGUAACCGCCGUAGCCGAAACCAAAGACGAAGAGGAUGAAAAGGAGGGUCAACUGACUGGCAAAUGCAAUAUUACGCUUAGACCCGGCCACAGACAGGUUUUGGAGAUGAACAUACCCUUGCGAGAACCGGGACAGGCGUCGGCAUCUCGUGUGAUUUUGACUUACAAAACCGAAACUUUUGAGUUGGAUUACACACUAUCGCUGUCAGAUUUAGGCAAAGUUACAGGAUGGUUCGUUCGAGGCGCGGCAAAACCACGACUGUCGAGACCCGACGGACACAUUUUACACAUACAACCACGGCCUCCCAAGAUGAAGCUGAGGCUGGUAGAGCCUCUCGGCCAGUUCUACGCCAAUGAGCCGAUACCCCUGAAGAUUGGCCUACACAACGAAGAGGACGACUCAGCUAAUGUGAAACUGGACAUUCGCAUUGUUGGAAAGAUCAUUCCUCGAUUCCGGGUGGACGCUGGUGAACACAAACGAGAGGUAGAUGCUGCUGAAGAAGAGUCGCAAGUGACGGGGCUCGCUCUCGGCAAUAUAGGCAGCUCUUCGUCGUUGGAGUUGUCGAUUCAUCUCGACCCUGCGCCAGCCCCUACAGUGUACGAAAUACAGAUCCGAGCUGAUUACCACUUGGAAUCUGACGCAGCAACCCCGAUCGUCCAAGUGUUGCCCAUUCACCUAAAUGUGGUGAACGCAUUUGAAGCAAAUUAUGAUUUGAUGCCGCGGCUUCAUCCGGAUCCCUGGCCAAGCCUAUUCGACUACGAGGACCUACAAGAUGUGUCUGACGGCGAUGUGAUCCAGGCCAGGGGUCUUGCCCAGCAAUGGUGUCUAGUCUGUCACUAUGCAUCAUUCGCCACAGAGGAUUUGGAUGUAGUUGGUCUGGAUAUGGUGGUUACGGCUGUGACGCCUGGCGGACGGUGCCGGGUUGUCAGCCAACCCGAGCUCUCUGCAGAUGGCAUGAUUGUGGCUCCCAAGACGAUGUAUGAAGCUCGAUUUGGUCUGGUGGCGCAGAAGGUUACGUUGGAUGAUAGGCAUCCGGUCGCGAUUGACUUGGCAUUUGUAGUCCGCUGGCGACGACGACGACAAGUGGCAGAUGGCGAGAGCAACGCAAUCAAUGCCACGACGAUGACGGUAGGGCAGUACAUGGUGCUUGGAACAGAGCCUAGAGUGUUGGCAUCAGUACUUCACAGCUCACAAGAGCAGUCUGGUCUGGUGCGACUCGAUAUCACGAUUGAAAAUCCGUCCAGCCAUUUCCUGACAUUUGGACUGGCGAUGGAGCCAAGCGAUGCAUUCGCCUUCUCUGGAUCGAAGCAGACGACGGUGCACCUACUCCCUAUGUCAAGACGUACAAAGACAUACCGCCUGCUGCCACUUACACGAGGUGUCUACAUACGGCCGGGCUUGGUAGUGAGAGACAAGUAUUUCCAGAAGGUGCUGAGAGUAAUUCCGACGGAGGGGAUGAAGAUUGACAAGGACGGGUUGCUGGUAUGGAUUCCUCCAGCGCCAGAAGCUGAAGAGUAG